AUGACUGAGAACGUUGGCCGACCUACCGGUGAUGGUCUGGCCCUCGAGGCCUGGGGCCAGGGUCUGAUGGUGGGCAGUCUCAUAAUCAUGUCUGCCGUCACGAUCUCCAACAUGAAGAAGCAUAUUCUGCUACACAAACUAAUCUUCGCCGAACUGAUUCUGGCCAUGGGCCAUGGCACAUUCAUCUUUCUACAUGAACCCGCCUAUGGCUGGUACCUUUCGGUCACCGCCAUCGGUCUGAACGUCUCUUGGGCUCUGCAUAACGUCAUUGCCUGGAUGAAGAAUCGUCCAUUCCUCUCCCGCCGUGUCUCAAUGAUCUAUAUCGUGACGGUCGUUCUAUGCUGGCCAUACUGGAUCCUUGAGAUUUAUGCAAACUUCUCCUAUUUCAACAACAUCAACAACAUCUUUCAUAUGACCCGACCUCUCGAGCCUCUAUUCCGGGACCCAUGGUGGGUCUUCACCACAUGCUCACUCUUUUACACAAUCAAGAAGGAGUACAACUUCGGCCUGUGGGAACUGGUGAAAGUCAGUCCUCGAUUUGGAGUGAUGCUCCUGUCGAUGUGCCUUUCGAUAGCGUUCAUUGUAGUGGACACGUGCAGCGUGCUCAAUGUGUUCAGUGAUGCCCUGCCGCAAGGAAUAGAACCUUUCUGGAAGCUCUCAUUUAUCUUCAAAUGCCUCUGCGACACAGUGAUCCUCGAUGAUUUUAAGACCGCGCUUGAUCGCAUGCGGGCAUAUUGGCUUCGCAAGCAGGCAUCGGGCGAGAUUCUCAUGACCAGCCCGCCAUCUGUACGGUCCCCACGGCAUGGGCGCAUGCUAUCGGAUGAUAUCGAAGCGACUGCUGCGGGUGUGGAUACGCAUCAACUUAUCCGCAACAAUAAGUCGUUUUCUGUCCCACGCGUUCUGUUACGAGAAAAUGUACGAUGA